AUGAUCAUAACUUCAAGAAGGGACUAUCCUCUCACCAAAAACUUUCCUUACUCUCUCGAACAUCUCCAAGCCUCGUACUGCAAACUUGCUCGGAUCGACACACGUGUGCUUUGUUUGAAGAAACUGCGAAAACUAGACCUAAGUCAUAAUCAUAUUAAGCAGCUGCCAGCUACUAUUGGUGACCUGAUCUGUCUUCAGGAGCUUAAUUUGCAUGACAAUCACCUGGAGUCCUUCAGUGGGGCUCUGUGCAACUCCACCCUUCAGAAAUCUCUUCAGUUCUUGGACCUCAGCCAAAACAAAAUUAAAGCACUUCCAAUUCAGUUCUGCCAGCUGCGAGAACUCGUUAAUUUAAAGCUCGAUGACAAUGAGUUGAUUAGGUUGCCAUUCAAGAUUGGCCAGUUAGAUCAUCUACGCUUUCUGUCAGCAGCUCGAAACAAACUUCCUUUCUUGCCCAGUGACUUUAGGAAACUCUGUCUUGAGAACUUGGAUCUCUUUGGAAAUCCUUUUGAACAGCCGAAUCCGCUUGUCCCCAACAUACAACUGAAAAUACCAUUGACUUUAUUAGAGUGUGCUGCAAGAGCAACCGUAAAUUACAGAAUCCCUUAUGGUUGUCAUCUCCUUCCUUCUCACCUUUGUGAAGAUCUGGAAGUGGCUAAAACAUGCCAGUGUCGAAGUGCCUGUCUGAGCAGCUUCAUUCAAAUCACGGUGACCAUGAAUCUCCAUCACGUAGCUCACACCGUGGUCCUCGUGGAUAACAUGGGAGGUACGGAAGCACCCAUCAUCUGCUACUUCUGUUCUCUAGACUGCUAUUCCCAGUUCCUGGAUAGGUACCUGCAGAGUAACGGGUGACCGUUCACGGGCGCAAAAGCUCUGCCCGAAGUUCUGUCCGGUGACGGAGGAGCCUGAAAUUGUUUUCUGCUUGUUACCCACACGUGCUGUCAUUGGGCACUUGCUGCAGAUAGCAAAUGUCAGCCUUGAGGUGAGGGGGCACUGUCAGCCUGAUCCGGCGGCCUGACUCUGUUCCUCCGCCGCUAGAAUCUCCCUUUGGUUGGAAUAAAAAGCGAUGCUUAGCUC